AUGAAGAGAGUGGUAGUAGGGAGUGAAAAUUUCCCUGAUUUGGAUUCAGAGAGGCGUCCUGAGACAGGCUGUUUCCAACCUUCAAUUGGGAAGAUAGUGAUUCCAAGAAUAGAGCCGGAUACAAGAGGUGCCUUCUUUAUUUUCACAAAUAAAAGCAUAAGAGGAGAGGACGAUCCUGCUCUAAGGUUUAUCCCAUGCAUACCAGGGGCGUUUGGUCUUGUGAACCUGACAGAAUUCAAGGAGAUAAAACCAUUCGAAAAGCAACGUCCAUACAGUAUAAAGGAAUCUCGAAAGAUAUCUUACAAUAGAUUUGAUGCUACGAGCGAGUCAAGAUGUAGUGAGAUGGAUGCCAAAGACAAGGAACUGCUAGAAAUGAGAAGGUUAUUUUGUAAUGUGUGCCUUAUAUUUGGAUGUAGAUGGCAUUCCAAGACAAACGGAAUUUGUAUCAAGCCUGUGGGGUUUAAGAGCAGCCCAUCAGUGCUAAAACCUGAGUCCGGAAAAAUCUGCGGGAGUAUAUGCAGGAAAAUGAAGAGCCUGCACGGAGGUAUCACAAGAAAUGAGAUAGACCAGGCAACAUAUAGCGAUCUUUACAGUGACUGCUGGGCAUCUCAGGGCUAUGAAUGCAUAGCCUCCUUACUUUUUUACUUUAGAUGUAAAAGGUACAUACCAUGCAAAGAAAUAAAGGAAUUUUGUACGGCCUUCAUAGGACGGCAUAAGUAUGUAGUGGGAAACAGGAACAAAGGAGGCAUAGACCCCUCUGCCUUCUUUACGCCAUGUGAUCACCUUGGAGACUGUACGGAAGACAACGGAUGCAUAUGUGUCUCCAAUAGGACUAACUGUGAGAUGUCGUGUCUUUGCAUAGGUUGCAAGAACUUCUUUAUGGGAUGCAAGUGUUUGCAUGCAUGUGGCAACAAAUGUGCAUGCAGACAGGCAAUGAGAGAGUGCAUGGGAAUAUGUUCAUGUGAUUUAUGCGGAAAUAAGGAUUUACAGAUGGGCAAGGCCGAGCCAACAUUUGUGGCGCCUAGCCAAAUAGAAGGACGCGGCUUGUUUGCCCAAAAGAAGAUAUUGAAAGGCAAGCUUGUUAUUGAGUAUGUGGGGGAAAUAAUAAGCAACGAGGAAGCUGAGAGAAGGGGAGCCUUUUAUGAUCUAAGAAGGAGUUCAUAUCUGUUUGAUCUAUAUAGUAGAGAGGGAGUGCCUUUUUAUGUCAUUGAUUCCAGAUUCAUAGGAAACAAGUCGAGAUUCAUCAAUCACUCGAAGAGGAAUUCGAACCUAAAUGCACUUAUUUUACUUGUAAACGGGACUAGAAGAAUAGGGUUCUAUGCGAGCAGAGACAUAGACAAGGGAGAAGAGCUAUUUUUUGACUAUGAGUACAGCAAGGAGCACAAAGAAAAGCAUGGGAUAGUUGACUGA